CGCAAGCAUUUAAAGGGGCCGCAGCCGCCGCCCUCCCCCGGUAGCGCGGUCCCCAGGGAGGGCUCGCCCGGUCCCGCAGUCGGUCCCGCCCAGCAGGUUCCAAAAGCGCCUUCCCUUCAGGCUGUGAUGGGAUCAGUCUGGUGGUUGCUGCUCUGCAUGCCCAUGCUGUCACCCACACUUGCUGGGGGUGUCAUCAGAGUCUAUUACCUGGGGAUCCAUGAGGUGGACUGGAAUUAUGCUCCAACAGGGAAGAAUGUGCUUGCUAACCAGGUUAUUGCAAGUAACAGCCAGGCCUCAGAAUUCCUGCAGUCUGGGAAAGACAGGGUGGGAAGCACAUACAAGAAAUCUGUCUAUAAGCAAUACACGGACUCCACGUACACCACUGAGAUCCCCAAGCCUGCCUGGCUGGGGUUCCUUGGGCCUAUCAUCCGAGCAGAAGUGGGGGAUACCAUUAAAGUACACCUAAAAAAUUUUGCUACGCGACCGUAUACAAUCCAUCCUCAUGGUGUUUUCUACGAGAAGGACUCUGAAGGAUCCCUGUAUCCUGAUAUGUCCCCCCAGGAUCAGAAGAAGGAUGAUGCUGUUUUCCCAGGGAAGAAUUACACCUAUACUUGGACUGUCCCUGAAGAUCACAGUCCAACUGAUGAUGACCCAAACUGCUUGACCUGGAUCUACCACUCUCACAUUGAUGCACCAAGGGACAUUGCAUCUGGAUUAAUUGGGCCUUUGCUUACAUGUAAAAGGGGAAUGCUGACUGGCAGCUCUCAAAGACGCUGGGAUGUGGAUGUUGAUUUCUUUCUGAUGUUCAGUGUGGUGGAUGAGAACCUAAGCUGGUACCUGGAUGACAACAUUGCAUCAUUCUGCACAGAUCCGGGCUCUGUAGACAAAGAAGAUGAGGAGUUUCAGGAGAGCAACAAAAUGCAUGCUAUUAAUGGUUAUGUGUUUGGCAACCUCCCUGAGCUGAAGAUGUGUGCUGGAGAUUUUGUUGCAUGGUACCUCUUUGGGAUGGGCAAUGAAAUUGAUGUUCACACAGCGUUCUUCCAUGGAGAGACACUCAAAAUCCGGGGUCACAGGACAGAUGUGGCCAGCCUCUUCCCAGCCACUUUUGUUACAGCAGAUAUGAUCCCCAGGAACCCUGGGAGAUGGCUGCUGAGCUGCCAGGUCAACGAUCACAUACAAGCUGGGAUGGGGGCACUCUAUGAAGUCCGGCCCUGUUCUCAGCAAGCUGAGGCGCCCAGCCUGGAAGGGAGAGUUCGGAAAUAUUUCAUAGCUGCCAAGGACGUGCAGUGGGACUACGCACCCUCGGCGCUCGACCGCCUCACUGGGAAACAGCUCAGUGACACAGGCAGUCCUGCUGAGCAGUAUUUCAAGCGUAGCCUCUACCGAAUUGGAGGUGUCUAUUGGAAAGCAAAGUACGUGGAAUAUACUGAUGAGAGCUUCCGUGAGGAAAAGCAGCAAUCAGCAGAAGAGAAACACCUUGGAAUACUUGGACCAGUGAUCAAAGCUGAAGUUGGAGACACCAUCCUGGUGACGUUUUUUAACAAAGCCUCCUGGCCUUUCAGCAUCCAGCCACAUGGAGUGUCCUAUGGGAAGGAAUCAGAAGGGAUGUGGUACCAUGAUGGCCUGUCCCAGAGUGGGGUUUCUGUGGCACCACUGCACAACUUCACGUACCGCUGGACUGUGCCAAGCCACGUGGGGCCCACGUCCAGUGACCCUCCCUGCCUCACCUGGAUGUACAGCUCAGCUGUGAAUCCUGUCAAAGACUCCAGCUCAGGCUUAGUGGGGCCUCUGCUCAUCUGCAAGUCAGGCACUUUGGAUGAAAACAACAAGCAGAAAGGGAUCGACAAAGAAUUUUAUCUUCUCUUCAAUGUGUUUGACGAGAACCUCAGCUGGUAUUUAAAUGCCAACAUAAAGUACUACUUGAGGAUGGAAGAGACAUCUGUGAAAAAGGAUGAUGGCUUCGAGGAAUCCAACAGGAUGCAUGCCAUCAAUGGAUUUAUGUUUGGUAAUUUGCCUGGGCUGGACGUGUGUGAAGGAGACAAAGUGUCCUGGCACCUCCUGGGCUUGGGCAGCGAAGCAGACGUGCACGGAGCUGUGUUUCAGGGAAACACCAUGGAGAUGAACGGGAUGCGGAGAGAUUCAGCCAGCCUGUUCCCCCACACAUUUGCCACUGCCUUCAUGCAGCCUGAUCACAGUGGGACUUUUGAGAUCUACUGCCAGACGAGCAAUCACUACCAGUCUGGGAUGAGGCAGCAGUACAACGUUUCCAGGUGUGGAAGGGCAGGCAGUGCCUCUGCCCGUCGCUACACGGGCGUGCGGACGUUCUACAUCGCGGCCGAGGAGGUGGUGUGGGACUACGCGCCCGACCGCAGCUGGGAGAGGGAGCGGCACAACCACUCUGCACAGAGCUAUGCUGACGUGUUUCUGAACAACGAGAACGGACUGCUCGGCUCCAGGUACAAGAAAGCAGUUUACAGGGAGUACACAGAUGGCACUUUCCAAACCCCCAAGGCCAGGAUAAGCCGUGAUGAACACCUGGGGAUACUGGGCCCUUUUCUGUGGGCGGAAGUGGGCGAUAUUCUCAACAUCGUGUUCAAGAACAACGCCUCGCGACCCUACUCUGUCCAUGCACACGGGGUGCUGGAGCAGCAGGCUGGACAUCCCCAGGUGGCAAACCCUGGUGACAUUGUGACAUACCGGUGGGAAGUUCCCGAGAGAUCUGGUCCAGGGCCAAAUGAUUCAGCCUGUGUUCCUUGGAUCUACUACUCUGCAGUGGACCCAGUAAAGGAUAUGUACAGUGGGCUGGUCGGGCCCCUGAAGGUCUGCCGGAGAGGGGCCCUGCGGUCCAGUGGGGCCAGGAAGGAUGUAAAGAGGGAGUUUGCUCUGCUCUUCCUGGUUUUUGAUGAAAAUCAGUCCUGGUACUUGGAGGAGAAUGUGGAACUCUUCAGUAAGGGAAAUCAUGGGGAGAUCGACCUGCUGGAUGAGAAAUUUGUGGAAAGCAACAAAAUGCACGCAAUCAAUGGCAGGCUCUAUGCCACCUUGCCUGGGCUGACCAUGUACCAAGGAGAGAAGGUGAACUGGUACCUGCUGGGAAUGGGGCACGAGGUUGAUGUCCACACAGUCCAUUUUCAUGCUGAGACCUUCAUAUACAAGAAUGGCAAAAGCUACAGAGCAGAUGUUGUGGAUCUGUUCCCUGGGACCUUUGAAAUGGUGGAGAUGCUGGUUGGGAACCCUGGGACGUGGCUGCUUCACUGUCACGUGUCUGACCAUAUCCAUGCUGGCAUGGAGAUCCUCUUCACUGUUCUGCCCAGAGGAGAGUCAGAGCCAGAGCCAGAAGACUUGACUGCCAUCCCAGGGUUGCCUCUUCAGGAUGAGGAUGAUUCCCAGAAGCUGAUGUUUUUUGGAUCUAAGGUGAGCCAAGAGCAGAUAGAGGCCACAGUCAUCGCCCUGGCUGUUGUAGGAGUCCUGCUGCUCCUGGCUGCUGGUGUCCUGCUGGGAGCAGUCAUCCAUCUCGAGAAGCAAAGGAGGUUACGGCGCAAUCGGAGAUCCAUCCUGGACGAUGGAUUCAAACUCAUGUCUCAAAAGAAUUCUGGUCUCUGAAAGCCAUGUGCAAACACUGGGCUGUGUGCUCGGAGCAGGGGCUGGAUCCUUGUCCACAACAAAGAUUUUGGGGCAUCAUUUCAAUUGUGCACUGUACUUCUAGAAGCUAAGGAGGGAAAGCUGGAGCCCUGACCUCUUCUUAUAUUCUCCUCAGCCCGCUGUAAAGAAAAUCCAGGAGAAUCCAAGGACCCCUUGAACUGACUGGAGACAAGUAAUGAUUAAAAAAGGUCCUUCUGGAAUACUCUCCUUCCCCCAGGAAGAGAGGGGAUGUUUUCUUCUUACCCAGCAGAGUAGCUUAGGCCAGACUCCAGUCUUGCUCCAUUGCCAGAACCGAGUUGGGAAUUGUCUCCCAAGAAACUGUGAACCACUAAUGUAAUUAAUCUGAAGGCGAGGAAGAUAAUAUUUUCAGUUUUGUGAAUCAAUGAGGAAUACAGAAAAAAGAUUGUUAAUUUA